CCUAACAGCUUGACGCUUAUCACCAUACCUCUUUCAUCAUGAAGAAUUUCGGAUCCAUCUUAGCAUUCAUUGCUAUUUCUGCCACACUCGUUUCUUCUCGAGCUUUGCCAGAGAGCGAUUCUGAUCUUAUUGCUAGAGCACCAGUUCCAAAUGUAUUUGAGUUCUAUUCUCGAUCACCAAAAAACAAGCAAAAUGACGGCGACGACGACGGAGAUGACAAUGGAGACAACGAUACCGACGAUAACGACAGUGCUGCUAAUGCAACAACCAAUGUGAACGCCGCAGGUUCAACUGGAACUGGAAACAAAGGCAAGGGAAACAAGGGAAGUGCAAAGGAAACUGGUGGCGUAGCACAAGCAAGUGGUGCAGCGAAAGCAACUGGUACAAAGGCAAAUGGUGCAGCAAAGGCAACCGGCGCAGCAAAGGCAACCGGCGCAGCAAAGCCAAAUGGUGCAGAAGCAGCGGCAGCUACCUCAACGGCCAAGGCAGGCAAAGGUGAUGCCGAUCCCGCUGAUGCCACUGGUACUACUGGUGGUACCAAAGCUGCUUCGACCGGUACUGGAGACAAGAAGGGUAAAGGUGCUAAGGGGGCUGCUAAGCCUACGGGUGCUAGUGUAGCUUCCGGUGCUGCUGCGUCUGCGACCAACUAG